AUGAUUGCUGAAGCUUCAAUGGAUAAAAAGGAAGUAACGUUGAAAGAAUUCUACGAUGUUGCUUUGGCUUUAAAAGAUGCCAUAAAAAGAGCACCUGCAAUGAAUGCAACUUGGCCACCAUCCUCGGUCGAUCUCUCAACAGACCAAGUACAUAAAAUGGUUCCAAUUUUGUUGUUUAAUUUCAUUGCUUGGACAUUAGGCUUCUCAGAUUAUCCAACAAUGUCGACUCGGCUUGAACUAGAAGAGUCACAGUUGACAAAAGUGAUGUCGAUCUGUCAAGACAUGUUGUUUAUAGCGUCAAAUGGAAGGAAACAAACACCAAAGUCGUUAGGACUAGGUAUGGCUGUAAGACAGCUUACGCGGUCAUCACAACUCACGCAAAUUUUGAAUGGUUUUGGCCACUGUUCUAGUCACUCUGCCAUUUUAACAUAUGAAACAGACUUGGCUAGGUUAGCUAUAAAAUCAGACUGCUAUAUCCCAAAAGGCGCAGAAAAACAUAAGUUUACUUGUCUGGUGUAUGAUAACGACGACUUCUCGGAGGAUUCUAGAACACAAACCCAUAUACUUGGUGGUAUAUUAAUUCAACGGGAGGAAUCAUUUGACAAUCAACCAGCCGUAGUCUCACAGCAGCUGAAGAAGGGUGGGAGAACUUUCCAGGCUCCAAGUGAAGCUAUGGUUCCGUACAGCCUUGGCAAAAAGAAGACACCAAGCUUCCUAAAUACAUCAGUUUCAUCAACCAUUUUCGAAACAGACGACCCGUUGCAUCAAGAACUUGCUAGGAGGUUAGAUAUUGCCUAUUUUGUGAUGAAGAUGCUGCAGAAUCACUACGGAACGUUACUUCCUGGUUGGACAGGUUUCAACAUUCUUCUAAGGCAAUCAGCAAUACCACCAAUGUCUCGAAUCAGAUACCUACCAAUAAUUGAUGGAUCCCCCAGUGAAUACUCAACAUUGUAUACAGCGCUUUUAAAGAGCGUGGAUAUUGCAGAUAAGUUGUCACUAGAGCACAUCGUCCUAGUUUUUGAUGAAGCAAUCUAUGCAAAGAUUCAACAGAUUAGGUGGAAAGAUGCGACUUUUAUGAAGAGGUUUGUUGUCAGGCUAGGCGAAUUUCAUGCGACAAUGUCGUUCCUGAGUGCAAUAGGGAACAUGUUCAGGGAUGCUGGGUUACAGGAUAUACUUAUCGAAUCUGAUGUUGUUGGACAAGGACAAAUUAAGGGUGUAUUAACAGGAAAGCAUUAUAAUCGAAGUAUGCAUUGCCACAAAGUAAUGAGUGAAGCUCUGCAUAGACUUCGCUUCCAAGCAUUUUUGGAUAGCCUCAGUUCUGAGGAUUACAAUAAUGUCUACUCAGUCGCGUCUGACCUGCUGAACAUAUUUCCAGACGAGAAAUUUCAGGAUAGCCUUACAGCUGAACCAUUCUCACAUAUUGUUGAUAAAUACGAGGAUUUUGUUGUGCAGGAAAGUGAAGGCAACCCAACGUUUGCAUUGUGGAGUACUUACCUUGAAAUGACAGGCAUAUUACUUCAAUUUGUAAGAGCUACACGAGAAGGAAAUUGGGAACUUCAUCUCUCGACUAUGCGUUCAAUGCUAACAUGGUACUUCGGAUGUGAUCGAGUGAAUUAUUGCCGCUAUGGAACGGCAUAUUGGCUUGAAAUGACAAGAUUACCAGAUACACAUCCAGCAAUAUUGGGAGAUCUACGUCAGCAAUGGACUGUGCAACGCCAACAGAAUCAUGGAUUUUCCUCAAUCGCGUGUGACAUGACUAUUGAGCAAACAUUAAAUAGAGAUUCGAAAACUACGGGUGGAAUGGUUGGAAUAACAUUGAACCGGGGUGCGGUGCAACGAUGGAUUCUUUCUCAAUCUGAUAGAUCUGCUAUCACAAGAGAAUGCAUGAAGAUGGCAGGCACUGACACAGUUAAAAGGAAAAGAAAGGAAUUAGACAUGCCACAAAGAACUCGCCAUGAGAAAGAUGUCUUGGGUAUAGUGAACACGCUUCAGAAUAUGAUAAAUCCUUUUGAAACGGAUAAUGAUAUAACAGAAAUGAUUCACUUGUCAAGUGGUUUAGUUGCUACACAAGAAGUAAAGAAUGACUUACUAACAACGAAACAACGAGGAGAAGAAUGCGUGACUGCUUUUCUAAGAGACAGAUUACUAGUUCAAGAGCCUGAUAUUUUUUCAACGAUUCCCAAGCUGAAGUUGAAAACUUUUUCAUCGAUGACUAAGAAAGUUAAAGUUAGUUCAGCAAAAGGUGUUGAAGCCACCCUUAAGAAUAACCGUAACCUAUUCGCUCGAAUGCUCUUGCUGGCACAAAGUAGAAAUGUUGACAUGAAGGAAGUUCUAACUUAUUCCUUGGGUCCAUUUCCUUUAUCUCUUUCAACCGGGAUGGGCACUUUGCACAAAACCCAGAAGAGCAAGUUGAUGACAUCAAUUGAGUCAAGUGUGCAAGAUCACAUAAUCGAUAGUCUUCCGGCUGGAAACGCAGUUAUUCUUGAUGGAAUGGCAAUCAUUCAGUCCACGAAGAAGCUACCUUCAUCGUUUGGAGAACUUGCAGAGCAGUUGUUUUCAAGGAUGAUAAACUUGGCGAUUUAUCACAAGUCUUCGCGUGUCGAUUUUGUGGUAGACCGAUAUCCAGAUGUAAGCAUCAAAAACCUCGAACGCAACAAGCGGGCAAGCGGUGGAUUGGCAGUAAUCAAUAUAUACGGAGCUGAGCAGAAACUGCCGACACAAUGGAGCAAAUUUCUUAAGCAUGGUCGAAACAAAGAAGAUCUUGUUCGGUUUUUGUUUGAACAGUGGAGUACAUACGCAUCAUUUAUGUUUAGCGGUAUUGUAGUCUACGUUUGCCAUGAUGACAAAUGCCAUCGCCUUAAGCCGGGUAUUGAAGGUGCACCUCUCACGAUUCGAGAAAUAGCGACAUUAUCUUGUGAUCAUGAAGAAGCGGACACAAGAAUGCUGCUGCAUGCAAAUCAUGCAUCUCAAUCAUAUGGAAACAUUUUGAUAAAGAGCCCCGAUACAGACGUCUUCAUUAUUAUGCUUUACUUUUGCCAUAUUCUCCAAUGCGAAUUGUUCUUUGAGACCGGUGUGAAUGAGAAAACUCGUAUCAUAAAUGUACGAUGUGUUCAGCAGCAGAUUGGUGAGAAAGAAGGCAAAGCGUUAGUUGGAUUUCAUGCAUAUACCGGGUGUGAUUCCACUAGCUCGUUUUAUGGUCGAAGUAAAAUAUCCACCUGGAAGUUAGUUUCCAAUGACGAAACAGCUCUUGAUACACUUGCUCGCCUAGGAGAUGAUUUACAGUAG